AUGCACAAAUUAGUUAGUGCAUGUGCAUCAAAUGCAACAAGGUCAGUUUGGACAAAGAUUCGUGGCCACAAGUUCUGGGAAGUCGAUUGCCAGAUGAAUUCCGAUGCAUUUUUUAAAAGUAAUUUUCGGAUGAAGCGUAAGUCUUUUAAGAAAUUGUGCGAUAUGUUAAAAGGUCUGGAGAGGAAAAACACCAACUAUCGCAAGGCAAUUACUUUAGAAAAACGAGUUGCAAUUGCUUUGUAUGCCCUUGGCUCUUCGGCAGAAUACCGCACAAUUGCAAAUAUGUUUGGAAUCGGUAAAAGCACUGUCUGCACCAUUUUGAUUGAGUUCUGCCAUGAAUUGUGGAGAUGUUUGUGGCCGUUAUAUUUGAAUAAAUUCCCAAUGAACGAAAUUCAAUUAAGGGAGUAUUUAAAUGGUUUUGAAUCACUGGGUUUCCCUCAAGUGUUAGGAGCUAUUGAUGGGUGCCACAUAGAAGUUCAUCCACCAGCAGAAGAUGCAGUUGAUUACCACAACUAUAAAGGCUGGUACUCUAUGGUCCUUUUGGCUUUGGUGGAUGCAAGGCAAGUUUUUACAUAAAGCUAUUUUUGAACUUUUUAACAUACAUAUAAUUUUCUUUUAUUAUUUUAUAGGUGUCGUUUCAUUUACAUCAAUGUUGGUAGUCCAGGCCGUUGUAAUGAUUCAGCAAUCUUUGAAAGUUCGUCAUUAAAACGGCAGUUCCAACAAUGCAGCUUGUUCAAAGAAAUGACUAGGCAAAUAUCAUCUGUUAAUGUUCCAGUUAUUUUGCUAGGCGACUCUGCCUUCAAACUAGAUGUACAUUUGAUGAAGCCGUAUCCUUUUUGCGUUAACCAACCGUUGAAUAAAAAAAAAUUUAACUUUGCCCUGUCUAAGUGCCGAAGAGUUGUCGAAAAUGCUUUCGGCCAUUUAAAGGCAAGGUUUAGGCGGGUUGGCAAAGG